AUGUUUCCACCUGAAGCGCUUAAGCAGGCAAAGGACUUCAUUGCCGUAUUGAGGCAGCACCCAGACCUUCUUCAUACUCCGGAGCUGAGUUUUCUGAAGGAUUAUCUUGUUUCUAUGGGCGCCAAUAUUCCGAAAGAGGGUAAGAAAGAUACGGAAAAAAUGUUCGAGAGUUCAUCUGAGGAGGAAGAGGAGGCGUCUCCAGUUGAAGAGGAGGCUCCAGAGAGUGAAGAGUCGGAACUUGAGUUUGACACAACAGGUGUAGUGCCCCCGGAAUCUACUGAGCUUCCUCCAAUGGGAGAUGAUUCUGUCGAAGUUACCGAGGAAAUGGCCGAUAAAGCCUCUGAGAAGCGAUCCGAGGCGCAGGCGAAGUUUUCGGAUGGAGAUUUUGAGGCUGCUGCGAACCUCUACACUGAAGCCAUUGUGGCCAACCCCCAGCUCUCUAUGUGCUACGCAAAAAGGGCCGCCUGCUACGUAAAACUUCAACGGCCAAAGGCUGCCAUCAGGGAUUGUGACAAAGCAAUCUCAAUGAAUCCCGACUCUGCUCUAGCAUACAAAUGGCGUGGCUUCGCGAACAAGUUACUUGGGAAUUGGGAGUCGGCAUACAUGGAUCUGCAAACGUCGCUAAAACUGGAUUAUACGGACGAUGCGAACGCUGCUAUCAAGGAACUUGAACCCAACGUAAGUGUCCGUUGGUUGUGUCUCCUCCUCUGUUAA